GCGCUUGCCAGACGGAGGGCCCGCAAUGCACAGACUUGGAGACGGUGGAGGGACUUGUGCGCGUCCUCGUGGGUGGUGCGACUGAGCUACUCGAGGUGGACGCAUGUCGUGGACCAAAGGUCUACACAUCUAGUGGGAAGAUGGUGUUCUUUGAGAUGAAGAACCUGAAGGAGAAGGGCUGCAAUACAGCCCUGGAGGUGCCACAGAAGAAGUGGUCCGACUACACAGCCUCAGAGCGCAAAGUGGCGCUGUGCCUGGCCGCCAAAAAGAAUCAGAGCACCCGGCCGUUUCUGGAUCCAAAGAUGAUCGAAACUCCCGAGGAGCUUGAGCAGCGGCAUCGGCAGCAGAAAGCCCUCGAGGAUGCUCAGGUGGCAGAUUUGGCCAAUCGCUGCGAAGCGGAACGUUCCAGGGCGGUCGGCUGGACGUUCAUCCAGCUCGACACGGUUCUCAACAAUCACAGCAAGAAGGCCCCGGGUGUUUUCUACGGCAUCGAGUUCCCCUGGUCUGCGGAGACCCUGAAGGACAUGGGUCCGGAAUGGCUCACCAAGGCCUUUCACCGUGCCGGCACCUUGGAGCCCAGCAACCGAGUCACGCACAUCAAGAUUGACGACCGCAAGGUGACAGCCGGCAACAACGCUGGGAAGUUCCUCUUCGAGGUGCGAUACGCACGAGAACGUCCCGAUCUUCAUCGGAAGCUCUUCGCCAAGGUGCCGCAUGCUCUCACCAAGGAGACGAAGCAGGAUCGUCUGAGCAGUUCGGUGCUGAAGCAGCCAAUGGACUUUCUCGAGAUAAACACCUACAGGGUGGCCGAGACGUAUUUGCCGAUGCGCACUCCGAAGUUCUAUUUCGGUGACAUCAGCAAUGAGACCAGCAACUACAUCCUCAUCACGGAACGAAUACCUUUUGCGGAGUUGGAGGGCAGGGCGAAGGGGGAGACGCUGCGACCCUACGAGAUCGAGGGGCCGUAUGACAAGUGCAAGGACUACGAGCUCCAAGGCUCCGGCAAG